AUGAAUAGAGAAUUUGAUUCCGAAUCUUUAUCACGCUCAACCCAAGUCCCUCUUGAAAUUGAGUUAGCUGUAGAGCAAUUGCGUCAUAUUCCAACACCUUCUUCCAAACAUCAAGUCCCUCUCGACUUGCAAAUAGCCGUAGAUCAGUUACGUUAUAUCCCGGUAGCUAAUAACGUUGACGCGCAAAAUAGCUCGCCUUCAGAACCGCAAAAUCCUUUCCAAACCUUAGAAGACACAGUCCAAAGGUUAAACCAAACCGGCGAAGACGUCUUCCGCGACAUAGAAAACUCACUCCAAAAUCUAAAUCAGACAAACACAUCGGCUCUCAACUUAUUAAACGAAUCUGAAAAUGAGUCUCAGCCACAGACACAGCCACAGACACAGAGGGGUGAAGGGUCAGGACAGAGACACCAUCAUGCUGAAGAGCAGGAGGAGGAGGGGGGUGAAGGCUUAAGGCAGAGACACAGACCCACUGAAGAGCAGGAGGAGGAGAGGGUUAGUGGGGGCAGAGAAUCAGAAGCCACCUCUUAUGAUCGGUUUAACACUCUGGUCAUGAGACGCUCAUUUACAGUACCACGGCCCGGCAAUGUACCCGAUAUCGCCGCAUUUUAUCGAAAUGUGAUAGGGGUAAUUAGGGAAUUAGCCAACGAGGUAGAAUCACGAGCUAGUCGCGACGAUGUUAUUCAGUUGGAGGUGGUAGGCGAAAAUGUGCGCGAUUAUGUUUCGGUCACCAACAACGCCCAGGGCAGAAAUAUUCUACCGGCUUUUGAAGGUUUGCUCGAUCGUAUAGUACAAUCAAACAACAGCGUAGCAGGCGACGAAGACAUAGAAUUAAUUGUCCAGAUAGUGCGGAACCCUACGGGCGGUGCCAAGCGUAAGAUGGAGAAAACUUUAGAUUGUGAACCCCUCUCGCAUUUUGCAACAGACUUCCCCGAUCAUUCCAAACCUCUGUUUUUAUUCCUGUUGCAAAAUCAUUACUACGGGAUUAAAAACCUCAAAGCCUUUAUGGGUACAAAGUACGUCUGUAACUAUUUUUACAAGAGUUUCAACAACCCAAUCGUGCACAGCUGCGAGGGUUACUGUCAAGUCUGCACGGACCCCAUCUGCACUACAGAAGAGCUCAAACCUUUAAAAUGCACAGAUUGUCACAGGACGUGUCGUUCACUCUCCUGUUUUGCUCGGCACAAAGAGGCUAAGCCGUCUCCUAUGAACAAACAGCCUUUUAGUUUCUGCGAUCAAAUCAAAAAAUGCAAACUAUGCAAACUAAGCCACUACGUUAAUAUGACCACAGGCAAGGCCAGUCAUCAUUGUAACACAACCAGAUGUAGAAUCUGCGGUGAAACAUUACCGUUCGGUUCUGAAACAGACGCUCACCUGUGUUACAUUCAACCCGUAGCCGGCGAGACCAAAGAACUCGGUUUGGUUUUUUAUGACUUUGAAACAUUUGUCAACGAGAACAACGAACACAUCCCCUUUCUAGUGUAUGCAAAAACAUUGAAAGGUGAAGAGAAGGUGUUUUACGGUCUGGACUGUGUGAAACGCUUUCUCCUGUAUUUCAGAAGGAAUCGGCACCGGAGAAAUGUUUUUAUAGCGCAUAACGCUCGCGGAUUUGACAGCUACCUGGUUUUAAAAGGUAUACUGAAAGAGAGGGCAUCGCCGCAAAACAUUCUCAUGACAGGUUGUAAAAUCCUCAGUUUCGAGGAACCCGAUUACCAACUCAAGUUCAUAGAUUCCCUAUUUUUCCUACCCAUGCGUCUUAGCGCCAUGCCCAAGGCUUUGGGUUUUAGCGAUCAGUCCAAGGGGUAUUUUCCACACAGAUUCAGCUCAGAAAAGCACCUCGAGUAUGUAGGACCCUACCCUCCGCCGUCUUAUUACGGCGUAGACCGCAUGACGGCGUGCGAACAGGAGGUGUUUUACAGAUGGUACAACGAAAAAAGUCAGGAUGUCUUUGACUUUGGAAAGAAGCCUUGCAUUACUGUAAGAACGACGUCGAAAUUCUCACCACAGGAUGCGCUAAAUUCAGGGAACAGUAUCUCGAUGAGACGGGUGUGGACCCUUUCAGCACUAUUACCAUAG